CAACUCGAUGAUAUUUCGAAGAGACGGUGGUAUGAUUCUGCACAGGAAAGAAGGGUCUUCGUGACGUCGAGUACACACGAGAGUCGAGCAGAUCUCUUUGAUGAGGUGGGCAUCUCCAUCUCCAUCAGAGAAACCUCUCCCGCGGCAUUUCGCCUAGGAGCAAAGCUUUGUAUCGCCGUGCAUCGCCGAGCUUCGAGCACAAAUGUUAUGAAUUUGAGAGACACUGCUAUUCUACUUGCCACACGCGACCGAGAGACAACAUAGCCAGAGUACUCAAAGAUGAACAUUCUCAGGCUCGGAUUUUACUUGCCUUUUCUUGCCGUUGCCACAGCUCAACUCUCUCCCAUCGAUGUACGCGAAGCUACGGUCUCUUCUCUGCAUGCCUCACUGUUUUCUGGCGUUACAACGUGUCGGAGUAUAGUGGAAGCCUUUCUCGCCCGCAUUGAACGUUUCGACUCGGACAUCAAUGCAAUCAUCACACUAAAUCCACAGGCUCUCCAAAUCGCGGACUCCCUCGAUCAGACGCUGUCUACAAGAAACGCAACAGGUCCUUUGUUCUGUAUCCCUAUCGUCUUGAAAGACAAUUACAAUGCUAUUCCCAUGCCCGUUACAGGCGGGUGUCUGGCAUUAAACAGCUCUAUUCCGACUCAGGAUGCUCCCACCGUCACAGCCCUGCGUCAAGCUGGAGCCGUUAUUCUAGGCAAAUCCAAUCUCCAUGAACUCGCCUUGGAAGGCCUUUCCGUUUCGUCGCUCGGUGGCCAGACGCUGAAUCCGUACGACUUCUCACGAACUCCAGGUGGCAGUUCUGGCGGGACUGGCGCUGCAGUAGCGGCUUCCUUUUCAGUCUUCGGAACAGGCACGGACACGGUCAACUCGCUCCGCAGCCCUGCCAGUGCCAACAAUCUCUUCAGCUUUCGACCGACCCGCGGUUUGAUAUCACGGGCGGGAGUCAUUCCGAUCUCUUACACCCAGGACACAGUAGGCGCGAUAGGCCGCUGCCUUGCCGACAUCGCGACCGCUCUGACUGUCAUGGCAAGUGUAGGAUACGACCCGAUGGACAAUGCGACUUCAGCUAUCCCAGCAUCCGUGCCUGGCACCGACUACACAACCUUCCUCAACUUAGGGGCAGCUUCCAACCUGUCUGGCAUCCGCAUCGGGGUGCUCCAAGGCUUCUUCAACCGCCUGGCCAGCAACGAAACGACUCCGGUCAAUCAAGCCAUGGACAACGUUGUCUCACUCGUCAGCUCCAUGGGAGCCACGAUUGUCAAUAUAACCGAUACGAUCACUUACAAUGCCACCGCGAUGAGCGCCCAGAUGGAUGUCCAAACACUCGAAUAUCGCGAAAGUCUGUCAAAUUACCUCUCAUCACCCAACUUGACCGGUGCUCGCCCUAUGACUAUGCCAGAGUUGUACACACCAAACCAGACCACCCCGGAAUUCUUGGUUAUCCCGUCGCAGUAUUCUUACGUCGAGACCGCCCUGAUCUCUUCAACCAGCAACAGCAGCUGGUUCACUAAACAAUCUCUCAUCGCCAACCUGACGCGCGCCCUGCAUUCUACCAUCGUCGCCAACGAGCUCACAUGCCUCAUUUACCCCGAACAGAAAAACCUGGUCGUUCCUGUCGGCUCUCCCUCACAGUCUGGCCGCAACGGAAUCCUCGCUGCCCUGACCGGUAGUCCUGUCAUCACCAUGCCGAUUGGCUUUUCACCUGCCACGGCUUCUGCGCCUAUUGGAAUCCCCAUUGGCAUGGAGAUCCUAGGUCUACCUUGGAGUGAAGGCACGUUGCUGCGGGUCGCCAAGGGCAUCGAUGAUCGGCUCCAUGCACGGAAAAUGCCUGUCACGAACGGGCUAAAUGAGACGGUGGAAGUCACGACCGCAAAUUCUUCGGUCCCGCAGGUGACGCCACUGAAGAACAUUCCCAGCGCGUAUCCCUUAGGAGUAUAUUAAGCCUCGCCCAGAGAUGGGUCGUAAAUG